GUCGCCGGAAAAGAUGGCAGGGCCGCAGUGGGGCCAGUUGGCCUUUAGCCGGGAGGGCGGGAAGACUGUCGCGGCGAGGGUGUUCGCAACGAUCCCCCUCAAGUUCAUGGUCCCGACCAAGGUGGCAACUGCAUCGGUGGAUGCCGUGUGGGUGUACAUGCUGCAGUAUGGGGGAGGAAUUGUGGCGGGUGACGUCAUCGCUUUCCGGGUUGACGUCGGGGCGGCCUGCACGGCAGUCCUGACCACUCAAGCGUCCUCCAAGGUGUACCAUUCAAACGGGGGAAGAACUUCGCAGCAAAUCAUGGAGGUGACCCUGGCCCCCGGCUCACUGUUCGCCCUGCUCCCGGACCCCGUCACGCCCUUCGCACGGAGCCAGUACGUUCAAAAGCAAACCUUCCACCUGGAAAAAGACGCGAGUCUAGUUCUCGUCGACUGGAUGACGAGCGGCCGCCGGCAGCGCGACGAGGUUUGGGGGUUUAGCACGUUCGAGACGGCGAACCGGAUCUACCGGGACGGGAAACCCGUGCUACUGGAUAAGCUGCGACUGGAAAACGGGCGGGGGCUCUCUGUCAAGAAUCGGAUGGCGGGAGCGCACGUGCUUGGCAUGAUGCUGCUGAUCGGGCCCCGUGUGAAAGAAACGAUACGGCGACUGGAGCACCAACUUCCAGUGCGCAUGGUCGCCCUCCAGAAAAGCAGAGCCCUCGCUGCGGCACGUGCCGCCCACAGCGGAAUGGUUGGAGCGUCCGGCCUAACGAGCGGAACGUCCGGCAAAGCACUUCCAUCGUCCGGCGGAACGGAACAGCCGUCCGGCGGAAACAACGGAGCGUCUGGAGGACAGGACGGAGCGUCCAGCGAAAGGGAUAGACCUUCCAGCGGAAAGAUUGGAGUUUCAGGCGGAACGGAGGGUCCUUCCGGCGGAACAAACGGCUCGUUCGUCAAUAGCAGUAGGGCGUCCGGCGGAACGAACGGACCGGUGGGGAGUCGUCCGAAAGCGGAGGCUGCGGACGCUAGUGUACAGGGCCUUUUGUCUCUUUCAUUUAGCAAGGUCGCCGGAGGGGAAGCGUUAGUGGUCCGGUUUGUGGCGGGAAGUACGGACGCGGCAUAUGCCUUUCUUAGGGACCAGCUUGAGCCGCUGACGGCGCAGCUGGGCAGCCGGCCGUACCCGGGUUAAGAACCAUAGCCAUAGGGUAUCUUGCAUAGAGGAACGAUUAUUUGUGUUUCUAUCGAUAACGUUGUGUGAAUCAG